GACCGCUCGGGCUCAGUUUCAAAUGUCGACGUACAAACAAAACGCUGCGUCCCUAACCUGCUUCUGAGGAGCGCGCAUUAUUGGCAGGCAGAACACCUGCCUGAUAUUCAGUGAAGAAAAGCCACGAACAUCUACGUCCACGAUGGGCGAGGUGGUGGAGUUGCAGAAUGUGGAAGAUGUGUGUAGACUCUGCCUAUCCACCGAUGAGCCAAAAUUGUCGGUGUUCGAAACGGGCGACUCUCCGGUGUCCUUAGCCAGCAAGAUACAAGCUUGUCUAUCGAUUCAGAUUUUAGUAACGGAUAGAUUAUCAAAGAAAAUAUGUGCGCAAUGUAUUAAAAAUGUGAAUGAGUGGCAUAAUUACAAGGAAACAUGUUUGCAUUCACAAGACAAGUUGCAUCGGUGGUUGGAACAACACAUGCAAUCAAAUCCUGUGGUUGUAAAUAUUAAAAAUGAACCUGUUGAUUUGGACUUUUGUGAGGACAAUGUCGAGGUUAUUUCUGAAUCUACGAAUGAUUCGGAUUUGGAAGCCACUAAUCUUGAAGAAAAUAAUAAUCCUAUAGAAAAUAAUGAUCAAGAUCAGCAAUUACCUGAUGAUGAAGUAGCUUUAGAGGGAGAUCAACCAGCUUUAACGAAAGAUAUGGACAUUUCUAUAAAAUCUGAACCACAAGAUGAUUAUGAUACAGAUUGUACUAUAGAAAUUGAAUCUGUUACUGGUAGUGAACUUGUUUUGAAUCCCCUUUCAAGCUCAGAGGAUAGGAUUAUGGAAGCUGAUUCCACUCAGAAAUCCAACGCAUCCACAUCAGCAAGCAAGAAAAAAGUCAGAAGAGGCCCACAUACCCAUUUUAGGGGUGCACGUGUUUUUAAACAGAAAUGUCUACAUUGUCAAAUUAAUUUGCAUUCUAAGUAUUCUUAUGCAAAACAUAUGGAAAGAUUUCAUAGUGACAAACAGAAUGGUAGUGUUAAUCAAUUGGAAUUGGAAGAUGAGGAAGAGCUUGUUGAAGAUUUGGAAGAUGAAUUAAUGAGCAUGGAGAAGGAUGCUCCAUUGACACAAGUGCAGCAAAAUAUUAUAAGUCAAUUGAAGACAUAUUCAUGUUACUCUUGUGAACAAAGUUUUAGCGAUCGUAGAAGUACUCUUUUCCACAUUCGUCAGCACAUGCCCGAUCUAAGACCGCACACGUGUAUCGCGUGUUUGACGGAGUUUCCGGAUCGAUCGAUGUAUAAAGUACAUUGUAGAGCAUCGUUCGAGUGUGCAAUGAAGAUUGCUCUCGUUAUACCGAAACAAGGCUUGCAGAAAUGCUUCACGUGUAAUAUGUGUUUACGUUCUUUGCCGGACAGAAAGCAGCUGCUUACUCAUCUAUCGAAGCAUUCAGAUAAACAGUAUGAGGAGCUCGUAUCUCCAACACGAUCUCCUCCUAAAUUAAAACCAGUAACUCCUCUGCCAUCUUUGAGACAGGAGUCACCGAAAAAAUCAUUUAAAGGAAAUCGUACUCUGAACAUACCCAGCCCUUACAAAAAUGGUGAUCCUGCGCACAAUCAUGUAUGCGACCUGUGUGGUAUGAUUUACAGGUACAAGCCAAACAUGCUGAAGCAUAGAGACUUGUGUCAACGUUUAUCAUCCGACGUCAGAACAUCCUAUAGAUGUGUCCAUUGUGGCAUGACAUAUUUGGUGUUCAAAAAGUUUCAUUCUCAUCUAACGUUGGACCACAAAAAGAGUGAUUUCAUAUGUUCUGAAUGUGGCAGCAAAUUCAAAUCUCCUAGUGAUUAUUUGAACCAUCACAAAGAACACUCUAAUGAUCUUAACAAGGAAGAAACUUCUGAAUUGAAAAACGAUAUAGUAAAGGCUACGCAGAAUAUUUCAAAGCCCAUCAAGGAUUGGGAUACAUUUGAAGCUGAAGUAAAUGCUGGUAAACUAUCAGACAGUAAUCAGUAUAGCUGUGCCCUCUGUAAUUUGGAAUUCACUACUAGAGCUGAACUAAUGGAACACAGAAAUCUUCAUCUGAAGGUGAAGAUUUAUUCUUGUGUCAUCUGUCGUAGUAUGUUUAGUAGCGCAGGUGCUUUGGAAAUUCACAUGAAAGAUCAUGGUAUAGAAGAUCCGAAUGAAAGAAAUGCAAACAUCUCCUGUGUGGAGUAUGGUACGGUACAAGAAGAUUCACAGGACUCAAAUUCAGUAAAUGUCAGCGCCACCUCGGAUCCUGGCGAUAAAAAGAACGAGUGCGACGUGUGCGGCAAGGUAUUCUCGAAUAGCGCUAAUCUUAAGAGGCAUAUCAGAAAUAUUCACAAUGUUAUCAGAGGCAACAUCAUCUGCACCCACUGUCGGCGAACGUUCAAGAGUAAAGAGUCGCAUGACCGACACCUAGCAAUUGAUCACCCAAAGCUUGCGAAGUCCAUACAUCAGUGUUCUAAAUGUCGAAAGACUUUCUUCUUCAAAGCUAACCUAAAUCUUCACUUUGAAACUGCCCAUGCUCAGGAAUUAGGUGGUCACGGAUGCGACAUUUGCGGUAAGAUUUUCAUGGAAGAAUCAUCUCUAAAGAUACACAGGAGCUGGCACAAUCGAGCAAACUCUAGAUUAAGUUUACGAUUUAUGAAGAAAGAUGUCCAAAAGCCAUUGACCCAGACUAAACAAGAGGAACCUUUCAAUUCCAGUAUGACCCGACCAGCUAGAGCACGAAAAUCUUACCCAAAUUUACCUCCAACAAAGCCAAAUGGUAAUUUCCAAUGCCAAGUUUGCAGUGACAAGUUCAAUGAUGUAACAGAAUUGAGAACACACUUAUGGGAUGUGCACUGUGCUCGUAAUAAAACUGAGAAGAGCUUUUCAGGUGACGAGUUUCAAUGUGAGCUUUGCACAAAUGUUUUCCUUGACAAGGAGACAUUAGAUAUACAUAUGCAAUGGCACAAAGCUCAACCCAUUCUUGAUGAUGUAAAGAAAUCUGAUCACAUUUGUGAUAUUUGUGGAAAAUUAUACAGCUCCAAAAAGAUACUGUCAAGACAUAAGAAGCUUCACAAAUCCACAGUUGUAGCUGCUGCAAAGCUACAGUCAGCUGGCAAGAACUUAGCAAGUAGUCCACUUAUAUGCACCCUCUGUCACAAGGUGUUCAAUAGUACUCGGUCGCUUCACCGUCACAGGCUCAACCUACAUGCUAACAUGUUUAAUCAACAACCCGAACAUGUAUACAACAACGCGAGAAGACUAUCUCAAGAAGAGCCAAGAUCUAAGAAAAUAAAAUUAGAAGAAGAGGAUAAAAAAGCACCUCUCCCCAUGGAUGCCAUGAGCGCAGGCAGGAAGUCAGUUAUGUGCCACGUCUGUAGGAAGUUCUUUGCAAAUAUGAGCGUAUUGUACAAGCACAAACAAUUGGUACACAAUAAGACUCACAUGAAUCUGUUACAGAAUCUAGCCAAAUCAUAUAAUAUCGAAUGUAUACCAUUACCCAGCAAUGAUGGUAAAGUCCUGUGCAACAUUUGCUACAAAAAGUUUUCUGGCGUGUCGAAUUUGCGCCAACAUUUUACCAUAAAACAUAAAAAUGCUCCUCCCAAAUUUGCUUGUUCUGUAGACGGUUGCAAGCUCACGUUCCCAACGCCAACAAUCGUAAAGAACCAUGAAUUGUCGCACAACAGCAUUAUCUACAGUUGCACUUUAUGCGAUAGACACGUGUUCAGCAAGACAGCAAUGUCAGAUCACUUGCUGACGACACACAACACUAUCUACAAUGCCGAGAAUAGCAAGAACUUCCACAGAGAGAUGGAUUUGACCAAAUAUGUGGUGGAGGGUGCAGUAGACGCGACUUGUCCUCAAUGCAAGAUCAAGUAUCCCAACAAUAGGGCUAUGAAGAUUCACUACUUCAAGUUCCACGAGGGUACAAACCAGUAGAAUUGUGUAUUUUUCCAUGUAUGAAAUAAUCUGCAAAAAUACCAACGAAACGUAUAGGUGGUUAAGAAGAAUCGAAUGUGACAAGUACUUGGUCCUACGGGCGGAAAAACUCUCCGAGUUGACUAAAUGCUGCCUUACACACAUUUUUUACCAAAUCCUCGAUUCACAACUAAUUGUCUGAUACAUUGAUGAUAACGUUCAUAAGAGUUCAAAGGGCACGUAAUAUCUCCUGAUGUUCUUUUAUUUCAGAGUAGGUGGUUUGAAUAUACUUUGGCUGAUUUUGUUUCUCUUUGGCUAUCGCGGGAGAUGACCUGUUCCCUAAUCAGGAUCAGGGCACAGUAGCCUGAUCUUUCACGAGCUUUGUAAAUAAAGCACUACAUAUUAUUGUAGAAGAAUGAAGAUACACGACAGAGAGAGAGAGAAAGAGAGAGAGAGAGAGAGAGAGAGAGAGUCUAUAUAUUUCUUCAUUUAAUGUUAUUCCCUGAGUUACAGUUUUUAGGUCUAUUUCUGUAUUGAUCGCAAUGUUAGUUAUUUUUCGCCGAGCGCUAAUCACUCAAAAGACAUCGUGAAAAUAGCACUUAUUGAUACGUGUCGAAUCAACUGGUCAGACUUUGUAGAAAAUUAAGCGAUCGACGUGUCUAAAAGAUAAUUGAGCUUGAUUGAUUGGAACUCUUGAUGAAUCUCUUGCUGAUUAUUGAAUAUUUGAAGAAAUUUUUUGGUUCAUUGAGGUAUAACUUUAUUUGUCGAAUUGGAACGUGUCAACCUGAAUGUGUUUAUUCAGGAAAGAAUGACAUACGCUGCGAGACCUCUAUUGUACGAGGUACAUUUACAACAAUAUAUCUUAUCUUUUUUCUGUCUUAUUUUUCUUUUUGUUAUGGAACAACAGCUAUUCUUUCCACUGUAAUUUGGCUGAACGCGUUCACUUGACUAGCGGAAAACAGUGCAUCCCUAAAUGUUGGAAUCUAAUGUAAAUGAAGGAUUGACUCCUUCUAACGGUGCGGUUACAUAAAGGUUAUGAUCAACGGUGGAGGGAUAUGAUCGACAAACGUGGUCAGGUUUUGCACAUUAAUUUAUCAGAGAUGCUGUUUUUUGAACGCUAAAGUGGAAAGCGAUUUUUAAAAUGUUGUUCUAGAUUUUAUUAUUAAUACGCAUACUUGUAUUGUAUAAGCUGUAGCGUUUUUGCAUAUAGUGAACAAAUAAAGGGAGAAGUAAUAAGCACAGAUCCUCGAUUUUCCAAGAAUCACUUGACGUUGUUCUUGUUCAUGGACUAACGUCGCAAGGAUAGUAUUGUACAAGUUCUUAGAUCGUUAUUUUCUGUUUUUAAACUGCUCAUAAUAAUUAGGCGAUCAUGUUUCUGAGCAAUUUACCUCGUGUCUGUGAUGAUAGUUCUCGUAAUGGCCAUCAGAGGGCUACCAUUGCUCAUGAUCCUAUAAGUUUUUAACCUCUAGUUCUUCCAUAUGGAUCAUCGAUCAGUUAGAUUUACAGAUGAAAUAUCUUACAUUAUGGAAUGACCAAAGCCUUUAUCAAUAUGUGUCUCUAGGAGUUGUCAUAUCGGUUAGGUAUAUUCUUAUAUGUGGUUAGCUAUAACCUUUGUCUUAUGGUACUGCCGAUGACAGCCAUCUUAAGGAGCAGACCUAAAGAGGAAGAGUCUGAACGGACAAUGACCAAACGUGGACAGCUCGAUCGGUUAGAACAGACAACUCGCGGAUGAGAACAAUCCGAUUUAGAAUCAUGGUUCAGCAAUUUGAUUCUUCUAUUUGUACUAAAACGGGAGAGGGAUUUGACUCCUUGGACUGAUUUUAGAUCAGACUGAUAUAGAUCUUCUGUUGUAGCGUAUUCACGACACGUGUUCAUUAAGUAGCUCCUUUGAUAAGAUCAUCAGUAAAUAUAGGAGAUGUACAUAAUGAUUUGUCUGGUUUACUAAACUCUUUGAUUGUUGGUUAAGUUAUAUUCGAAGUCUUGGUUAGUGAUAAGGCUAUCUGAGCACGCAAACUUCAAAAUUGUUCUGAGCAGUAAUCUACACGCGUGGAUAAGUGUUAAAUGUGAAUUUUAUCUUUAACCGUUUUGUAAUUAGAGAAACUAAACGAGGGAAAUUGAAGUGCUAUUCGGAGAAUUCUGCAGGUUCAACCAUUCCAUCUACGUUAAGUUUCUUACAGCAGAUGUUCGAGACGAUGAUUACACUCUCGUAGUUAUCGUUCUACGUAACUACAAUAGUUCCGAACUUCUCAGACGUAAUUGUAUAUUCGUAAUCAUUUAUCCGCAAUGAGAAUACGUAGAAUCUAUAUUUCUGUACAUGGAAUGUUUUUAUAUAGUGUGUUUUUAUGUGCAUUCUGGAAAGAAAAGACUGAGAAAAUAGGAAUGUUUUAUCGAAUAUUCUUAAGCGAUUCAGGUUUUAGAAAUGCCACAACGUGCUGAAAAAUAUUCGUUAUUUUCUCCUUUUAAUUACGAUUGCACGAAACGUAUUUCAUUAGCUGAAAGAGACGAGACAAUGUAAACAUUUGAAUGUUUAACUGAUAAUAAUGUGAAAAUUUGAGAUAUUAUAUACAUGUAUAUAUGCGGAUACAUAUAUGUUGCAUUUUAACUUCUUGCAGAUGAUUAUAAAUAAAUAAAUGUAUGUAUGUUACAUUAGUAUAGUUAGCUCUCUUGCUUUCUCUAUUUCUUUGUCAUAGAUAUCAUUUUUUCUCUAUUUUUAAUAAUGGAAUGCUAAGCGAGAAACUUCUACGAAGCACGUAGUUACGUAGUUAUUAAAUUUAAGAAUUUUUAAGAAAUCAGAUCUCACAAAUACGAGAUGAAAAUAUUAUUUCUACUUUGGAAUAUUUCCGAAAUUUCUUUGGAUGAAAAAUUGCAAAUUUUUAGAUGGUCCUUUAGUUAUAAGAUGUAGUAUAUAGCAACGAUAAAAUGUAAAGAUGGAAGAUAUUGAAUCAAAAUUGCAUCUGUCUCGAGGUUGGAGGUGCCUUGUUGUUUGUCCUAUUUUCACGUUCACGUUCACGAACUUGUCACGACACAAUCAUAACGUUAUCGAUGGUCGUUGACAAUGGUACCAGCCGUAGAACUAUAUUUUAGUUGCAAUGUUUCGCGUCCAGCGGCACUUAUGGUAUCCUAGACGAGCGAAUAGUCGCUAAAUUACACACCAUGUGGAUCGAGUACGUUAUGUGCGUUCCUUAUGUGGCUUUGAACGCAGCCAUCCACGUCGAAAGAAGUUAUGCACGUGUGGACACUGAAUGCACAUGUGCAGCCAGUGCCUUUAAAUUGUUGCAAGACUUUUUGCACAGACCACCUGCACGUACAAUGUACAUUUUGAAAGAGGAUGCGUUGAUUGAAUGUCUUACAUUUUCGAAACUGAGAUUGCUAUGAAAUCAGACCGACAUGGAUAACAGACAUUAUCCAAAACGUUUUAGUUUUACAAUAAUGCUCUUCUUCCAAAAUAUCAGGCAAUGGCAAAAUAAUAUUUUUCUUUAAAAUAUCAUAGAUGUAAAAUUACAAAGAUAUUUAAUUAUAGUUUUUAAAUCUAGAUCCACCAUAUUUAAAGGUACAAUAGUGUUUAACUUUGGAAGAAACGCAGGAACUUUAUUUAACCAAUAUUUUUUAUACGUCCUUAUGUAUACUUUUAUGUCACAACAUCAAAGUUAAUGUUAGGCGAAGUAAAUGAACAGAGAUCUCUUAGUAUCUCAGUAUCUAAACAAAAUUAAUUUUAACUAUUUGGAUGCGUUCUUUUAAUUA